GUCAGACACAGUUGCAGUUGAAUAGGACAUACAUACACAACGCACUUCUUAUUUGAUCCUCCCUACUACUCUAUCUGUUGGCAAAAAAGAGACAUGGCUGGCGCUUUAAGAUUCCUCCUCAGUGGCUGUCUGCUGCAAGGUGUUCUCUGUGCAGAUUGGACAGCCUUGAUGCCUCAGAGUAUAAAGGCUCUGAAGGGAUCAUGUGUGCGCAUUCCUUGCUCAUUUACACUUGGUCCCUUGAAGUCAGUGGACUAUAAUCCCUGCCUAAAAACGCACUCAUGUAAUGCCAUUUGGACGAGAGGUGGAACAGAUAUUACUAACAUAGUAGGCUCCAGUCCAUCUGGGAACUUGAACCAGAAAGACUGUACUACAAUCCUGGACAACAAGCCUACUGGUGACACGUAUUACUUCAGACUAGAAUGUGGCAAUUGUGUCAAGUUUAAUUUUGGCACACCUGUUCAAAUCAAUAUCGCAGACACUCCCCCCACACCCACUCUAACCCCAGCUACAGUGGAAGUGAGGGAGGGGACCUCAGUGCGUUUGAUCUGCUCUGCUGCAGACCCAUGUCCCUCACUCCCUCCAACUCUGACAUGGAGCCCCAGUCUGGGUCGAAGUGAGGAGGGACUACAGGAGAAUCAGGAUAAAACUCAAGUCAAGACCUCUUCUCUGACCUUCACUGCUUCAUACCUCCGUCAUGAACAGAAAAUCUCCUGCACUGCUCUCUACAAACAACAAGAUGGCAAGAAUGUCAAGUCACCUGAAACUACUCUGACCGUUACGGUUCUAUUUUCUCCCAAGAACACCUCAGUGUCAGUCAGUCCCUCUGGUCCAGUGGUAGAGGGCAGCUCCAUGGCUCUGACCUGCAGCAGCAAUGCCAACCCAGCAGUGAGCUACACCUGGUACAGAGUCAAUGGAGUUCAGGUGACAACAGUGGGGUCUAGCAGAAUGCUAACUAUCCAGGUGUCUGCAGACAACAGUCAGUUCUACUGUGAAGCCAGAAAUGACCAUGGAAGCCAGAACUCCUCUGUCAUUCAACUAGAUUUGCCAUAUCCUCCCAUGUAUACCUCAGUGUUAGUCAGUCCCUCUGGUCCAGUGGUAGAGGGCAGCUCUGUGACUCUGACCUGCAGCAGCAAUGCCAACCCAGCAGUGGGGAGCUACACCUGGUACAGAGUCAACGGAGUUCAGGUGACAUCAAUAGGAGAUGGAGAGAAACAUCAGACCCAGGUGUACACAGAUCAAAGAAAGUUCUACUGUGAGGCCAGAAAUGUCCAUGGAACACAGAACUCAUCCGUCUUUGAACUGGAUGUAAUGUACUCCCCAAAGAACACCUCAGUGUCAGUCAGUCCCUCUGGUUCAGUGAUAGAGGGCAGCUCUGUGACUCUGACCUGCAACAGCAAUGCCAACCCAGCAGUGAAGACCUACACCUGGUACACAAUCAGGGGAGGUCGGGGGACACCAGUGAAGAAUAUGCCAGAGCUAACUGUCCAGGUGUUGACAGAUAACAGCAUGUUCUACUGUGAGGCCAAAAAUGACCAUGGAAUCCAGAAAUCAUCUUUCUUUCAACUAGAUAUGAUGUACCCUCCCAAGAGCACCUCAGUGUCAGUCAGUCCCUCUGAUUCAGUGUUAGAGGGCAGCUCUGUGAGUCUGACCUGCAACAGUGACGCCAACCCAGCAGUGAGCUACACCUGGUACAGAGUCAAUGGAGUUCAGGUGACAUCAAUAGGACAUGGAGACAACCAUCAGACCCAGGUGUACACAGAUCACAGACAGUUUUACUGUGGUGCCACAAAUGACCAUGGCUCUAAGAACUCAUCAGUCAUUGAACUGGAUGUAUUGUAUCCUCCCAAGAACACCUCAGUGUCAGUCAGUCCCUCUGGUUCAGUGGUAGAGGGCAGCUUUGUGACUCUGACCUGCAGCAGCAAUGCCAACCCAGCAGUGAAAAACUACACCUGGUACAGAGUCAAUGGAGGCCCAGGGACACAAAUUGCUAAUGAAAAAGAGUUAAAAACGGAAGCAUCUAUAGACAACCACCAGUUCUACUGUGAGGCCAGAAAUGACCAUGGGACAAAGAACUCAUCAAUCAUUCUACUGAAUGUGAUAUACCCACCAAAGAACACCUCAGUGUCAGUCAGUCCCUCUAGUUCAGCAAUAGAGGGCAGCUCUGUGACUCUGACCUGCAGCAGCAAUGCCAACCCCCCAGUGGGGAGCUACACCUGGUACAGAGUCAAUCGAGAACAGGUCACAGAAUUGGGAUCUAGCAGAAUGCUAACUAUCAAGGUACCAGCAGACAACAGCCAGUUCUAUUGUGAGACCAGAAAUCGUCUUGGAUACCAGAACUCAUCUGUCACUCAACUAGAUGGGAUGUAUCCUCCCAAGAACACCUCAUUGUCUGUCAGUCCCUCUGGUUCAGUGGUAGAGGGCAGCUCUGUGACUCUGACCUGCAGCAGCAAUGCCAACCCAGCAGUGAAGACCUACACCUGGUACAGAGUCAAUGGGAAUGAGGGAGUCAUUGUAGGAUCUGGACAGAGCUUCACCUUCAAUAAGAUUGCUAUCAAUGAUAGUGGGCGGUACUAUUGCGAAGCAGAGAACAAGCAUGGGGUGGACAACUCAACAACUACUAACAUAGAUGUGACAUUUGCUCCAAAGAUCCUGCCCUCCUCUCGCUGCAUCAGAACUGCUGAUCAGAUCAACUGUACCUGUGAGAGUCAUGGGAACCCCUCUCCCAAAGUGGAGUGGCGAUUGGCUGGACACCCUGUCAAUCACUUUACUAACACUGUCAUCAGAGAGCCAAUGGGCAGCACAGGCCUGAGAAGCUCCCUCACCACCCACCAAUCACAGGAGGAGGACACGCCCACUCUGGUCUGCCUCAGCACCAACUCUGUAGGAUCUUCCAGCCUCCAGUUCUGUACUCAAUGCCUGGGGUAUCACCAGGGGCUGGGCAAAAGCACUGAAGUUCUUGAGGGUCAAGUUUCCUUGCCAAUCUUCAUCACUGCAAUAUUUGUUUCGGCAUUAAUGACAGCACUGAUAUGUGCUUUACUGUAUCUCCGAAGGGUUAGGGAUCCUUGUUUUAAGGUACUCAGAGGUCAUUACAAAUAUUACAACAGUGAUGUGAGGAUGAACCUAGUUCCGACCAGUGGUGAGAGGACACAGGAUCCUCCUGUGCCAGAAGAAGAUAUAUAUGCCAACAGCAUGAUACCGAGUCAGGCCAGGAGACAGGGACGCAAACAAAACCUAGAGGUCCCCAAUCCUGGUCCUAAACCCCUGCCUUCCUCCAAAGCCAUCUCUGAGACAGACCGAACCAGCCUGCCCAGUCCUAUCGCUGACACUGCUAUAGAUCCAGGAGAAGGCACUGCAAAGAAGGAGGGGGAUGAUGUGUUUUAUUCCAGUGUGAUUUGGAAGAAGAAGAAGUGGAUGAAGAAGAAGAAUGAGGGGWCCGUGGACGGGGCAAGGGAGGCGUCUAGCGGUUCCUACCUGGAGGAAGAAAGGUGUGUGCUGGGAAAUGUAGGCAGACACAGAAUAAGUAAGGUACUGGAGAUGGAUCACCUGCAGUUUCUCUAGUUUUURAUGAAUAUAAUGUAGGCCUAUUGUACUUUCACAAAGAUAUAUUGCUCUUAAUGAAAAUAUAACGKUGUUCUUUUCACCACAAAACAAAUAAAAACAUGAKAUMUC